UCUCCAAAACCAACCGUACGGUGUAAGACUCAAGAAAGGAAAAGAGAAAAAGAACCCCAAAAAAAUAUGAUGAAGUCCUUGAUUUGUUUCUCGCUCAUCCUCCUCCCUCUCAUCUUCGUUGUGGAAGCGUUUCCCGGUGACGGUGAGCUUGUGUCAAUCAAAGAUGUCUCGGCUCGAAACAUUAGAGAGGUCGCCAAGUAUGCGAUAGAUGAGCAUAACUCGGAAUCGGAUGAUAAUCUUGUGUUCGUUAAGAUCAUCGAGGGAAAGUGGAAAGUGCGCUCCGCGAUAUUAAUAUACGAUCUGACCAUCGCGGCUAAGAAUGAGGGUGGUGCGACCAAGAACUACAAGACUGUCGUGAUGGAAUCUGGGAGGGACAAGAUCCUUUACUCAUUCAAUGAGGUGUAAGUCGAGAUAUGAGAUAUCAUAAUUUGAGGCUUUGACGACAUUGUAUGUUUCUUUGAUGUUUUUGUUGUUUUGGAAUAAAAACUGAAUUGGAGAUAUUUUUUUUCCUGAAAGAUUCCAUAAAAAGUUCUGUUGUUUUCUUUUCCUUAAAGAUUCCAUAAAAGUUCUGUGUUACUUGGA